AUGACUUACUGUACCCCCUACCUCCUCGAGCUUGGCCUCACGAAGUCGAAAAUCAGCCUCGUAUGGGUGGCCGGCCCUCUCAGCGGCUUGAUCAUGCAGCCCAUCGUGGGUGUCGUAGCGGACCGGUCGACAUCGCGCUGGGGACGUCGGAGACCUUAUAUGUUCGGCGGCACGAUACUUGUAUCCAUGUUCCUGCUGCUGCUGGGCUGGACAAAAGAGGUGGUGCGAUACUUCGUGAAGGACGAAGCGAGCGCAAAGAGCAAGACGAUUGUGCUGGCAGUGUUGAGCAUCUAUGGCAUUGACUUUGCAAUCAAUGCUGUUCAAGGGAGCUGCAGAGGGCUGAUUGUGGACACGCUGCCGAUUGCAAAACAACAACAAGGGAGUAGUUGGGCAAGUCGCAUGGUUGCCGUGGGGUCGUUGAUUGGAUAUGGAGCUGGCGCAAUUGACUUGAGAAGUGUGUUUGGACCAAUGCUGGGAGAUACACAGUUCAAGCAGCUUACGGCUGUCGCGGCGCUGACGUUGUGUAUGGCUGUGGGAGUGACAAGCUGGGCUGUCACGGAGAGGGUCAGGGUCAUUGAUGAGGCGGAAGAGAAGAUCAGCCCUGUUGAGGUUCUGCAAACAAUCGCAAAGACGGCAAUGAACCUGCCAAGGGGCAUACAAGCAAUCUGCUAUGUGCAAUUUUGGGCAUGGAUUGGAUGGUUCCCCUUCCUUUUCUACAGCACAACCUGGGUUGGCGAAGUAUACCUGCGCUACGACGCUCCGGCUGAUGUCAAGGCGGCAGGCGAUCUGACAGGUAAAGUUGGUCGCAUCGGUUCCUCGGCUCUGAUCUGCUUCAGCAUCAUAACAUUUAUAAUGUCUGUGUUGCUGCCAUUCUUUGUGAAGUCACCAGAAGACGAGAAAGCUAAUGGCUUUACUCCUCGACCACCCAAGGGCUUAUCCACCGUUGUGGCUGGAAUCGAGAAACACAAGCCAUCACUGCUUACUGCAUGGACCAUUGCGCACUGCCUCUUCGCCAGCUCCAUGAUCUUUGCGCCGUUUGUCAGAAGCUUGCGGGCUGCGACCUUGAUCAUCGCAGUCUGUGGAGUAUCUUGGUCAGUGGCUUGUUGGGCGCCCUUCGCGUUUCUCGGAGUGGAGAUCAACCGCAUCACGCAAGCCAACGGCCAUGCAUACUCUCGCAUCGGACGCAACUCAGUCGAGCUCGAAUCACCGAUUCCUCUGCACCUCAACGGCGGUCUAGACGAAGCGAGCAAGGAAGCGAGCAGCUCGGGCGGUGGCGAUACAGGCAAAUACCUGGGCAUUAUGAACCUGUACACGACGCUGCCCCAAUUCGUUGGGACGGGGAUAUCGUGGGUUGUCUUCUCAAUACUCGAGCCUGGUAAGAGCCCUGAGCUCUCAGAGGCACCGCCAGAAGAACAUCAUUCGACGGACGGCCCGAAUGCGAUUGCUGUUUGUCUUUUCAUUGGAGCCUGCUGUGCGUGUUUUGCUGCGUUGGCAACGAGAAGGUUGAAGCAGUUCCAGACUUAUUGA